GCGAGUCUCGGGCCCAACCAGAACGGCAACGGCGCGACGAUACCGCCGCCCGUGUUAGCGCUUCCCACGCCCAUAGGGCUGACCACCGGCUCGGCGGCCGCCCUCAGCAUCGCUUCCAAUCCCAUGCAACCAGUAUUGGCGGCCACGGCGCCCGGUGUGAUCACGGGGGUCACCCCUAACGUACCGCAACCGAUGGUUAUACCGCCGCCGCAGUUGGUGACGACGUUGCCGCUGAGUCUGCACCACAACCCCGAGUUGGCGGCGCCCUCCAAGUUCCUGUCGACGCCGCCCGUGACGGUCGCCAACAAUAGUAAUAAUACUAAUAGCGUCGGUGCUGUGGCUACCGGUGCGAUGGGAACGGCGGCGGCUGCUCUGGCGGCCAAAGAGUUGGAGCUGAAGCUGUCGGAGGCGAACAGUAAUGUGGAUGAGUCGCAGACACUGCAGCAACAGGAGAACAUUGUCAUCAAGGGAUCCAAUGCGCGGCAGAUGCUGAUGCAUAAGCUCAUGAGGAAGAAUGAGUCGAGGGUUAUUGUGUUGAGGAAUAUGAUUGGCAUCGAAGACCUGGACGACGAGUUGGAACAGGAGGUGACCGAAGAGUGCGGCAAAUUUGGUUUCGUGAACCGAGUCAUCAUUUACCAGGAGAGACAGUCCGAGGAGGACGACGCCGAUAUCGUUGUCAAGAUAUUCGUCGAGUUUAGCCAACAGUCCGAAGCGAUUAAAGGCAGGGAUGCCCUAAACGGCCGGUUCUUCGGCGGACGCACAGUGAAGGCCGAACUCUACGAUCAAAUCCUAUACGAAGACAACGACUUAAGCGGCUGAUGACUACUCUAUGUGUGAAUUGUCUGUCGAAAUCAUUCACUCAUUUGUUGUUUGCGUUUUUGUCAUUCAACGCAAUACUCAUAAUUAGCGAUCAAUUAUAUUUUUAACUCCCAUUUUCACGCCAAUCAAACCCUUCCCUCCCAUCCCCUCCGCUCUCGUUAUUUUGGCGACAAUUUUAAUUUAAUUAUUAAACCGACACUUAAUUAUUAAUUUUGUAAAUUAUAUAUAAAUAUAUUUCGCACUC